AUGGUGUACAGCUACACGCCAGCUUACUACUCCACGCUCCACGACUCCAUCACUUCCCUCUGCAAGACCAUCCUGCCUUUCUCAUUCAAGAAGCGCGGCCGGCUAGCUGCGGCCGAGCACCGCCUCAACAAGAUCCAGUCCGACAACCUCAAAUGGCAGCAGGACUCGUUCCACCAGAUCCUCAACCUGAUGGGCCUCCAGAAAGAAGGGAUCUUGGAGCAGCACGAGGUCUCGGCGUUUCGAUCCCACUUGCUCGAAACGCUCAUCGCUUCUCCUCCGGAGCACGAGCACUCCGUCGUCUUGAGGGACAAAUUGAUCUUCCUCCAGGAAUUGCUGUAUGCAAAAUGUAUAACGGAUGACGAGUAUCACUCUUCAAAGCGGCCGUUGCUGCAGAGAUUGGCAAUCCAAGGUGCAGAAAUCGAGGCAAGCGAUGUGAUCGUCGGUGGGAAACAGAGUGAUGUGGAUGAAAACAGAGAAGAAGAAUGGUCAGUGAUUGACUUGAAAGACGAGAAACGUGAGCCGACACCGCAAUCCAAUAGCAAAUCGAAGCAAUCAAGCUCACCCGGGAUGAAGCAGAUCAAAGGGGCAGGUUCUACUCUGUUCGGGUUUCACAAGCAGAGCAACCGGAGGCAGAGCAUAUUCGAGAUCGAGGCUAAACGGCAGUCCUGCGGGCAUUAUAAUGGCGGAGGAAUGGAUGAGAGCCCAAUUGUGAAUGCUGGUCACUCGGUGAAGGAAAGCGAAUCGAAGUCGAUUCUGAUGGAAGCAAGUGGAAAGAUUGCUGGAUCUCAAGGGAAGGAGAAUGGGAGCGGUGAGAAGGCGAAGAGGAAGCCCUUCAGGACUCUGUUUCACAAUAGCAAAGAACAGAGUAGCGAUAAAUCGGCAAAGAAGAAGCAAUGGUGGAAAAGGAAUGAUUCGGAGGACGAAACAGCUCCGCUGCCACUGAACAUCGGAAGAUCAGGAGAUGGUGAAGAUGAGUAUGGAAACCUUGUUACAAGUCCCAUUGGAGAAGGCCCUAAUACGAAACAGAUCAAAAGGAAGCUUCACUCGAAUGGAACUCCUUCGGAUUUCUUCAUAGACAAGGUGUUGGGGAAUAACAUUAAGAAGGAGCUAUCAAGGAUUCAAACUGAGCUAUCCACCACCAAUCCAAAUCUGAAAUUCUCGGAUGACCAAAUGGAAGCAAUCUCCACUAAGCUUCCUGUUGACAAAGCUGACCUCAAGAACUUCUUUCCCAAGUCUUGGUGCGAUAGAUAUGGCGAUGUGGUGCUGGAUGUGGUGAAGAAAGAGUUCAAAGAUCAUGUGGGUGAGAUGGAGAACAUGAGGAAUGCUACCAGGGAGAAGAAUCUGAACAACUCGAAGCGAUGGACGACAUUCGAGGAUUACGAUGAUGAGAAUAGCCACCCAAAUCUUUUCAGUAGUCACAACUCUAACAACAACAUCAACAAGAGUUCCAACCCUUUCCUUCAAGAUUCUAGCAACACAGGGAAGAGCCACCAUAGGAUUGAGAAGCCAGAAUCGGUAUCAACCUCCUUCCAGAAUCCUUUCUGGAACAGCUAA